CAUCCUCCGCCCAGGCCCCACCCCUGCCCCUCCCAGCACUGCCUGGAAGUGUGGGGCGAGAGCUCCUCCUAGGACACCCCUUUCCCCUUGGGGAAAGAAUUGUGCCCCCCAGGCCCUUCCCCGUGGAGGUCCCUCUUCUCCUUCCCCAUCAUCUCCACCUCCUGGGACAGAAAGUGCCUCCACCUGCAUCCCCAGGCGUCCGGCCUCCAGGGCCCGCUGGCCCCACAGCAGGCAAGCUGAGAUGACGGUCAAGCUGGAUUUCGAGGAGUGUCUCAAGGACUCACCCCGUUUCCGAGCCUCUAUUGAAAUGGUGGAAGCCGACGUGUCAGAAUUGGAGAUCCGUCUGGAAAAGCUCCUGAAACUGGGCACUGGUCUCCUGGAAAGUGGACGCCAUUACCUUGCUGCCAGCCGUGCCUUCAUUGUCGGCAUUUGUGACCUGGCCCACCUGGGUCCACCAGAACCCAUGAUGGCGGAGUGUCUGGAAAAAUUCACCGUGAGCCUGAACCACAAGCUGGACAGCCAUGCGGAGCUUCUAGAUGCCACCCAACACACACUGCAGCAGCAGAUCCAGACCCUGGUCAAAGAAGGUCUUCGGGGUUUCCGAGAGGCUCGCCGGGAUUUCUGGCGGGGGGCUGAGAGCCUGGAGGCUGCCCUGACCCACAACGCGGAGGUUCCCAGGCGCCGGGCCCAGGAGGCAGAAGAGGCAGGAGCUGCUUUGAGGACGGCGCGAGCUGGCUACCGGGGACGGGCACUGGAUUAUGCCCUGCAGAUCAAUGUGAUUGAGGACAAGAGGAAGUUUGACAUCAUGGAGUUUGUGCUGCGUUUGGUGGAAGCCCAGGCUACCCAUUUCCAGCAGGGCCACGAGGAGCUGAGCCGGCUGUCCCAGUAUCGAAAGGAGCUGGGCGCCCAGUUGCACCAGCUGGUCUUGAAUUCCGCACGAGAGAAGAGGGACAUGGAGCAGAGACACGUGCUGCUAAAACAGAAGGAGCUGGGUGGGGAGGAGCCAGAACCAAGCUUAAGAGAGGGGCCCGGUGGCCUGGUGAUGGAAGGACAUCUCUUCAAACGGGCCAGCAACGCAUUUAAGACCUGGAGCAGACGCUGGUUCACCAUUCAGAGCAACCAACUGGUUUACCAGAAGAAGUACAAGCUGGACAUCUGCCCCCUUAUCACCUUAUCCUGCCAGGACCCUGUGACUGUGGUGGUGGAUGACCUUCGUCUUUGCACAGUGAAACUCUGUCCUGACUCAGAAAGGCGGUUCUGCUUUGAAGUGGUGUCCACCAGCAAGUCCUGCCUCCUCCAGGCUGACUCAGAGCGCCUCCUGCAGCUGUGGGUCAGUGCUGUGCAGAGCAGCAUCGCUUCUGCCUUCAGUCAGGCUCGCCUUGAUGACAGCCCCCGGGGUCCAGGCCAGGGCUCGGGACACCUGGCCAUAGGCUCUGCUGCCACCCUGGGCUGCGGUGGAAUGGCCAGGGGAAGGGAGCCUGGGGGAGCUGGGCACGUGGUGGCACAGGUCCAGAGUGUGGAUGGCAAUGCCCAGUGCUGCGACUGCCGGGAGCCAGCCCCGGAGUGGGCCAGCAUCAACCUUGGUGUCACCCUCUGCAUUCAGUGUUCCGGCAUCCACAGGAGCCUUGGUGUUCACUUCUCCAAAGUCCGGUCUCUGACCCUUGACUCAUGGGAGCCAGAACUAGUGAAGCUCAUGUGUGAGCUGGGAAAUGUCGUCAUCAACCAGAUCUAUGAGGCCCGCGUGGAGGCCAUGGCAGUGAAGAAACCAGGGCCCAGCUGCUCCCGGCAGGAGAAGGAGGCCUGGAUUCAUGCUAAAUAUGUGGAGAAGAAGUUCCUGACCAAGCUGCCUGAGAUUCGAGGGCGAAGAGGUGGCCGGGGGCCCCCAAGGGGCCAGCCUCCUGUGCCCCCAAAGCCUUCCAUCAGGCCCCGGCCAGGGAGCUUGAGAACCAAGCCAGAGCCCCCCUCUGAGGACCUGGGAAGCCUGCACCCCGGGGCCUUGCUGUUUCGAGCGUCUGGGCAUCCUCCAUCUCUUCCCACCAUGGCCGAUGCCCUUGCCCACGGAGCUGAUGUCAACUGGGUCAAUGGGGGCCAAGAGAAUGCCACGCCGCUGAUCCAGGCCACAGCUGCUAAUUCUCUUCUGGCCUGUGAGUUUCUCCUCCAGAACGGGGCGAAUGUGAACCAAGCAGACAGUACGGGCCGGGGCCCGCUGCACCAUGCAACCAUUCUUGGCCACACAGGGCUCGCCUGCCUGUUCCUGAAACGGGGGGCUGAUCUGGGGGCUCGAGACUCUGAAGGCAGGGACCCUCUGACCAUCGCCAUGGAAACAGCCAACGCUGACAUCGUCACCCUGCUACGACUGGCAAAGAUGAGGGAAGCUGAAGCGGCCCAGGGGCAGGCAGGAGAUGAGACGUAUCUUGACAUCUUCCGCGACUUCUCCCUCAUGGCGUCAGACGACCCGGAGAAGCUGAGCCGGCGCAGUCACGACCUCCACACGCUGUGACCCCAGGCCCUAAGGGUCUGCGCCUCCCUCCCCUCCCCGUCACCGGGCCCUCUGCCAUUAAAGCUUCCGUGCUUCGCUCUUC